AUGAUAUUUGAGGCUGGUUUUGGUUUGGCACUUAAAGUGGAAUUAAUGACUGCAAAUUGUGAAGUCAACGUUGUAGAUGAGGGUCGAAGACAUCAAAAUGGAGGACAACUUGAUGCUCUUCGUGUUGAGUUGAAGAACAACUUGAAAGAUAAAAAGUUUUUGCUUGUGCUCGAUGACCUUUGGAAUGAGAAGUAUAAUGAUUGGCAUCACCUAAUAGCACCUUUUAGCAGUGGGAAAAAGGGAAGUAAGAUUAUUGUGACAACUCGACAACAGAAAGUUGCACAAAUGACACAUACAUAUCCCAUUUAUGAGCUGAAACAUCUAACAGAUGAAAAUUGUUGGUGUAUACUUGCUGAACAUGCUUUUGGAAAUGAAGGUUACAAUGAAUAUCCAAUCCUAGAAGAAACUGGUAAGAAAAUUGCAAAAAAAUGCAAUGGCCUACCUUUAGCUGCUAAAACAUUGGGAGGUCUUUUGCGAUCAAAUGUUGAUGAAAAGGAAUGGGAUCGAAUUCUGAACAGCAACUUAUGGGCACAUGAAGAGGUUUUACCAGCUUUACACAUAAGCUAUCUUCAUCUCCCAGCACAUUUGAAAAGAUGCUUUGCUUAUUGCUCAAUUUUCCCUAAACAACAUUUAUUGGAUAGGAAGGAAUUGAUUCUGUUAUGGAUGGCUGAAGGCUUUCUUCAACAAAUCCACGGAGAGAAAGCAAUGGAAUCAGUAGGUGAUGAAUACUUUAAUGAAUUAUUAUCAAGAUCUUUAAUUGAAAAAGACAAUACUAAAGCAGAGGAAAAGUUUCGAAUGCAUGACCUCAUCUAUGAUUUAGCUAAACUGAUAUAUGGAAAAACUUGUUGCUGCUUUGAAAGUGGUGAAAUCUCAGGAACUGUUCGCCAUUUAGCAUUUCAUUCAAAUCUGUAUGAUGUCUCUAAAUGGUUUGAGGGCUUGUAUGAGCAAAAGUUUUUGCGCACCUUUUUAGCAGCACGUAAUUAUUUAUACGGUGAAUAUUGUGUUACAAAAAAGGUGUCACAUGAUUGGCUGCAAAAACUAAGAUAUUUGCGAACAUUGUCCUUGCUUAAAUAUGAAAAUAUCACUGAGCUGCCGGAAUCAGUAAGCAUUCUGGUACUUUUGCGGUAUCUUGACCUUUCCUAUACUUCCAUCAAAAGGUUGCCUGAUGCAACCUGUAGGCUUUACAAUUUGCUGACAUUAAAAUUAUCACAUUGUGAAUUUCUUACUCAGCUUCCUGAACAGAUUGGAAAUUUGGUCAAUUUACCCCACCUUGAUAUUAGAGACACAAAUUUGUUGGCGAUGCCAGCACAAAUAAGCAAGCUACAAGAUCUCCGUGUGUUGACUUCUUUCAUUGUAGGCAGAGAAGAUGGAGUAACUAUUGGAGAGUUAAGAAAAUUCCCUUACUUGCAGGGUAUGCUUUCCAUUUUGAAGCUACAAAAUGUUGUUGAUCCCAAGGAUGCAUUUCUAGCUGCCUUAAAGAAAAAGGAGCAUAUUGAGGAGCUUACACUGGAGUGGGGCAGUGAACCACAAGAUUCAUCAAUUGAGAAAUUUGUACUUAAGAACCUGCAACCAUCAACAAAUUUAAAGAAGCUCAACAUCAGAUCCUACAGUGGCACAAGCUUUCCUAAAUGGUUGGGUGACUCUUCGUAUUCUAAUGUUAUAGUCCUUUGCAUUAGUGAUUGCAACUAUUGUUUUUCACUUCCACCAUUUGGACAACUACCAUCUCUUAAGGAGCUUGUGAUUAAAAGCAUGAAAAUGGUGAAGACAGUUGGUGAAGAAUUCUACUGCAACGAUGGAGGCUCUCUUUCAUUUCAGCCAUUUCAAUUGUUGGAGAGUAUCGAGUUUGAAGAGAUGUCAGAAUGGGAGGAGUGGCUACAAUUUGAAGGUGAAGGCAGCAAAUUCCCUUUUCCUUGCCUUAAGCGUUUGAGUUUAUCAAAGUGCCCCAAGUUGAGAGGAAACUUGCCCAAGCAUCUACCUUCGUUGACAGAGAUUAGUAUAAAAGAGUGCAACCAGCUGGCAAUUGAAUCAUGCCAUCUGCACUGGAACACAUCAAUUGAAUCAGUAAAAGUUUCUGAAGUGGGAGAAGGCUUGUUGUCCUUGCUUGACAACUUUUCUUAUAGGGAACUAUCUAUUGAAAAGUGUGACAGCUUGUCAUGUUUGCCAAGAAUGAUACUAGCUGCCAAUUGUCUUCAAAAGUUAACUCUUGGAAAUAUCCCCACUUUGAUUUCCUUCCCAGCUGAAGGCUUUCCAACGUCAUUAAAAACUGUUUCCUAUUCCAACGCCUCACUUCUCUGUCUCAUCUUUUUCAUUUCGGGUUUUGGAGAGGAAGAUGUUGUUAACACCCUGUUGAAGGAACAGUUACUGCCCUCUUCGCUCCAACAUUUGCACCUACGGUUGUUGGAAGGAAAAGGACUUCAACAUCUCACUUCCCUCACACGGCUUGACAUCAUUCGUUGUGAAAGCCUUGAGUCCUUGCCAGAAGAUCAGCUUCCAACGUCUCUUGAAUUACUGAAGAUAAGUUGCUGUCCUUUACUAGAAGCAAGGUAUCAAAGUCGGAAAGGGAAACACUGGUCUAAGAUUGCUCACAUUCCUGCGAUCAAGACAAACGAUGAAGUGAUAAUAUGA